GAGAGUGGUCAUCACUCGUGCAGUCGUAAAAUUUAUGUGGCAUUUCUCUCUUUCAAAAAUCUCUACUUUUCAAGUUUCUCUCUUUCUUAACGGUCCUUUCUUCUAAUUGUGAAGAUAGAGAAAGACAGAAAGACAGAAAGACAGAAACUUUGUUCAGAUGAAAUAAAUCCUCGCAUUGAAUGCACCCAACAACCUAAAGGUGAUGAAAUUCAAUAUCUCCAUGGAAGCAGUACCUCUACAUGGUCCCAUUUCUCUUUGACAAGGAUCAUGAAGGUGCACAUAAGAAGAGAGGGAAUGGGAUUUCUUGGCCACCUCCAGUUAAUCAUGCCCAACACAGACGUUCUAAGAGUGCAUCUGAAAGGAACUUGGACGCUUCAGGAGAUGGAGCAUUGCGUUCUAUGAAGAAGAACCAGAAUGGGACACAUAUGUCACCACUUCCAAACAGGGCUUAUAGGACACGAAGUCCUCUCCAUGAGUAUCCUACUUGUACAAAUAACAAUACUUCAUCAAACCAUCGAGCCUCCUUAGAAAAAGAUAUUGAGGUGCUGCAAUUACGUUUGCAACAAGAGAAAUCUAUGCGCAUGAUGCUUGAGAGGGCAAUGGGUCGAGCUUCAAGCACAUUAUCUCCUGGACAUAGACAUUUCGCCACUCAGACGAAGGAGUUGAUUUCAGAGAUUGAAUUACUGGAAGAAGAGGUGGCAAACAGAGAGCAGCAUGUGCUUUCUCUGUAUAGGAGUAUUUUUGAACAAAAAGUCAGCCGGGAUCCUUCUCAGCAAAACUCAUAUGUUGCUUCUCCUGCCCAUAUAAAGCAAGCAUCCAGGAAACACCCAAGUAUUAUUUCAAGCGCUUUUUGUUCCUCAAAAAAGUUCCCUUUGAGACCUCUGCAAGCUCUAGUUUCUAUCAGUGAGUCUGGGAAAAGAUCCUCCAAGGCUUGUGAUGCCCCACCAUCCAUUGGGAAAAGCGAUAUUCAAUUUGAGAAGACUUGUUUUGACCGGAUGAGGACGCAUGAAAAGAUUCCUACUAUGGAGAAAACUUCAAUGCUGAGACCUCUGAAAGAUCAUUUAUACCAAUGCCCAAGCAAGUUGUCUGAGGAAAUGGUCAGGUGUAUGGCUGCAGUAUACUGUUGGCUUCGUAGUACAGCAUCUGUGGCUCCUGGAAAAAACAGAUCACCCAUAUUGUCAAGGUCAUCCACUAAUGUAGUACUCCCUCGACGUGGUAUUGUAGAGGACCGGGAUUGGUCUUGCAAAUCCAUGGUAGAAAUAUCUUGGAUAUCAACUGAUAAAAACCACUUUUCUCAUGCAUCUUAUGCCAUCAAUAACUACAGAGUUCUAGUGGAAAAACUGGAAAGGGUGACUGUCAGUCAGAUGGAAAACAAUGCUCAAGUUGCAUUUUGGAUUAAUGUCUACAAUGCCCUUGUUAUGCAUGUAAAGAUCACCGACCAGAACUUUUUUUUUUCCAGUGUUUGCUCACGUAACAUAAGAGAGUAUUGUCUUGGGCAGGCAUAUUUAGCAUAUGGAAUCCCCCACAAUUCUCUGCGGAGGUUAGCGUUGUUUCAUAAGGCUGCUUAUAACAUUGGAGGCCAUAUCGUUAGUGCAAAUGCCAUAGAGCAGUCAAUCUUUUGCUUCCGAACACCCCGAGUUGGAAAGUGGCUUGAGACCAUCCUUUCCACUGCCUUGAGGAAAAAAUCUAGUGAAGAAAGGCAGCUUAUUACUUCCAAGUUUGGCCUCUCAGAUGCCCAACCUCUAGUCUGUUUUGCCCUCUGUACUGGAGCUUUUUCCGAUCCUGUGCUAAAAGUCUAUAUGGCAUCAAGUGUUAAAGAAGAAUUGGAGGAGGCGAAAAGAGAGUUUCUUCAAGCAAAUGUAGUUGUAAAGAAGUCAAGGAAAGUGUUCCUACCCAAGUUGCUCGAAAGAUUUGCAAAGGAAGCCUCUAUGAGCUCAGAUGAUCUUCUCAAGUGGGUUACUGAAAAUGUUGAUAAAAAACUCCAUGAUUCUAUUCAGAAAUGCAUCGAUCAUAAAUCAAGAAAGUCAUCUCAGAUUAUAGAGUGGUUACCUUACAGUUCAAGAUUUCAGUACUUGUUCUCAAAGGACUUAAUGGAGAAACCACUUUGGGUAUGAGUUUCUGUCUGCAAAUGCCUUGCUUGAAAGGGCAAUGUCCCUAUCAGAAGCAGUUCAAUACUACUUGACUUGGGAAGGACGGAGGGACAUUAAUUAUGGGCACUUCUGAUCUAUAUUUAUUGUCCAUCUGAUCAUUGUCUCUUUUAGAUGAUUUAGAUUUUUAACUUGCAUUACAACCAUUGUGAUAUAGAUCUACAAUUUCACUCUACUGAGCAGUGCCAUUGUUGCUGUUGAUACCUCGAAAAAGUGGCAUUCCUCUAGAUCCAAGACAAUAAAUGUCUUUGAAUAUUUUAUGCUUCCUCUAGAUCCAAGACAAUCAUGCUAUUUUAUUAUUAUCAUUUUUAUUAA